AGCUCGGGGCGCGGGCUCUGGCGCAGGGCGAGGGCAAGGCGGCCUCGAGGAGCCUCCCCGCAGGGGCCCGCCAGGUGAGGGGAGCCGGGGAAGGGAGCGGCGCGGCCUGCUUGGGGAUCACUUCCUCCUAACAUUGACCUUUGGUUCCUGCAGGCUUCGCUCAUUCAUUCCUGGGGCCCUUCGCGCCUUCAUUGCGACCCCAAGCGGUUCUGCCCUGUUGCUGCCUUCCCUCACCUCACUGACGUCCUCUGUUCUUCCGUGCCACUGUGGGUGGGAGAGGGACCAGAGCAAGCCGGAGCAAGUACAUGGAGCCCUGCUCGCCUCUGAGCUGGUGCACUUGAACCCAGGCCUUUUGCUCACGUUGGUGGAACCUUUUUUAUUUUACUCAUCGUGUGGCUGGGGUUGGGGUGCAAAAAAAGGUGGGGAAGCUGAAACGCUUUCCCCCGAAGCACCUCCCAGGCUUGGGUCUGUGAACCUGAAAAGUAUUUGACAAAUCUGGGAAUUAGGUGAUGGGUUGCUCUCCAGUGGAUAGGUCCCUGACAGAGUGUGCUGCAUCCUGAAGCGGUAGUGUGUGGGGUGGAUAGAGACUUUUUAACCCUUACCUUCUGUCUCACGGUCAAUACUGUGUAUUGGUUCCUAGGCAGAAGAGUGGUAAGGACUAUGCAGUGGGGGUUAAGUGACUUGCCCAGGGUCACACAGCUAGGAAGUGUCUAAGGCCACAUUUGAACCCAGGACCUCCUGUCUCUGGGCCUGGUUCCCCAUCUACCAAGCCACCCAACUGCCUGCUGACUAGAGACUUUUAAAUUCAAGUGGUAAUAUUAACAUGUCAAAAAGUGAUUCUGAGGUCCAGUCAAAUGAACCAGCAUUUAUAAAAGGCCCACGACACUGGGAAUACAAAGAAAGGCCAAAAGAAGCCCUUGUUCAGAAGGAAUAUGGGGUCUAAUAAAGGAGACAACAUGCAAACAGCUACGUUCAGACAAGAUGUCCUCAGAUGUGUUGGGGAGUGUUUCAGAAGAAAAAAGGAAAAGGCUUCUUGAAGCAGUUGAAACUUUAGUUGACCCUUGAAGGAAAUGACAAGGAGAAGAUGAGUUAGUCCACAUCCAGCAUUUAUUAAACUCUUCUUUUUGUAUCAAGGAUUGUGUUAUGGGCUGGGGAAACAAUAAAUAAAAAGCAGCCUUUGCUCUCAAGGAACUCACAUUCUAAUGGGGAAGGCAACAUGCAGACAACUAUGUUCUGAUAACAUAGAAUAAAUCGGAGGGUAAGUCUCCCAGACUGAAGACAGUAAAAUAAAGGAGGAUUGAGAAGAACUUCUUGCAAAAGAUGGGACUUGACCUGAAACUUGGAAGGAAAGCAGGAGUUGAGAAUUCCAGCUGUCAAUGACCUUCAAAGAUGUUGCUGUGGACUUUACCAGGGCAGAAUGGGAGCACCUGGAUUCUGCUCAGAAAGAUCUCUACAGAGAUGUGAUGCUGGAGAAUUAUAAGAACCUCGUCUCCCUGGGGUUUCCAAUGUCCAAACCAAAGGUGAUCUCCAAAUUAGAAAGAGGAAGUACACAAUGGAUGCUUGGGGAAAAAGUUCUGAGAAGGCCCUUUCCAGGUCGACUUUGUCAGAAGAUUAGGGGUAAAAGCAAGGAUACCACUCCAAAGCAGUGUAAUUAUAUUUCAUCAAAGAAAAGACUUACAGUGAAUAGCAAUGAAUGUGCUGAAGCCUUGAGAAAGAAUGGAUAUCUUAGUGGACAUAAGAAAAUUCAUAGUGGAAAGAAACUCUAUAAAUGUAAUGAAUGUGAAAAAGCCUUCAACUCCAACUCAAGCCUUACUGUACAUCAACGAAUUCAUACUGGAUUAAAACCAUAUAUGUGUACUGAAUGUGGGAAAGCCUUCAGCCAGAAAGGGAACCUUACUAAACAUAAAAGAAAUCAUACUGGGGAGAAAUCUUAUAAAUGCAACGAAUGUGGAAAAGCUUUCAGAGACAGGGGAUACCUUACCAUUCAUCAGAAAAUCCAUACUGGGGAGAAAUCAUAUAAAUGUAAUGUAUGUGGGAAAGCCUUCAGCCAGAAGGGGCACCUUACUGUACAUCAGACAAUGCAUACUGGAGAGAAAUCCUAUAAAUGUAAUGAAUGUGGGAAAGCCUUUAGCCAGAGAGGAAGCUUUAAUAUACAUCAGAAAAUUCAUACUGGAGAGAAAUCCUUCAAAUGUGAUGAAUGUGGGAAAGGUUUCAUUGACAGAGGAAAUCUUAAUAAACAUUAUAAAAUUCAUACUGGAGAGAAAUCCUAUAAAUGUAAUGAAUGUGGGAAAGCCUUCAGCCAAAGGGGAAGUCUUAAUAAACAUCACAAAAUUCAUACUGGAGAGAAAUCAUAUAAAUGUAAUGAAUGUGGCAAAGCCUUCAGCCAGAGAAGUUACCUUACAAUACAUCAGAAAAUUCAUACUGGAGAGAAAUCUUAUAAAUGUAAUGAAUGUGGGAGAGCCUUCAGGCAGAAGGGACACCUUACUGUACAUCAGAGAAUUCAUACUGGAGAAAAACCCUAUAAAUGUAAUGAAUGUGGGAGAGCCUUCAGAAAGACUGGACACCUUGCUGUACACCAGAGAAUUCAUAUUGGAGAAAAUCCUUUUAAAACAAUGAAUGUUGAAAGACUCCAACCACAAGAUAUUCUUUAUUUAUCAUGACAGUUCAUGCAAGAUAGAAACAUUCCAUAUAAUGAAUAUGGGAGAGUCUCCACCCAAUGUGGAAAACUUACUGAAUGCUUAAUCAUAGUUUUAGACUUGGGAAUGACUUUUGAAAUCAUGUAUUCUAGUCUAUUGAGUUUUAUAGACGAUGGGGUAAAUGGGCCGGAAAUUCACUGAGUUUCUCAACAUCACUUAGUAAGUUGCAGAACUAGGAUUGAAACUGAGAUCUGAGCCAAACCCAGUUUUCUUUCCAUCAUACCAUGUUGACCUCAGAAUUCAUAUUAAGAGAGAAAACAUUUAAAUACAGAUUAUUGGCUGGUCUUCAGCAGCAAUUCAUGCUUAGUCCACAAAUAAUUUUGGAAUUGGAAAUGGACUCAGGAACCAUUUAAUAUAACCUAUACUUUAAAAGGAAUCUAACUGCCACACAUGCUGGAUGAGCAAAGCCCUGGUCAACACCUUCAAGUACCUGGGCAGCACCAUCGCCAACGACGGGUCCCUAGACCAUGAGAUUAAUGCCAGGAUCCAAAAGGCCAGCCAGGCACUUGGGCGGCUGCGCUGCAAAGUCCAACAAAGUGGUGUAAGCACUGCGAUGAAGCUCAAAGUGUACAACGCAGUGGUCCUCAGCUCGCUCCUGUACAGUUGUGAGACAUGGACACUACUGGAAGCACAUGAAGCAGCUGGAGCAAUUCCACCAACGCUCCCUCUGGUCAAUCAUGAGGAUCCGAUGGCAGGACCGAAUCACCAAUCAGGAAGUCCUCGACAGAGCCAACUCCACCAGCAUUGAAGUCCUGGUCCUCAAAACCCAGCUACGAUGGUCUGGACACGUCAUCCGCAUGGACCCACAGCCAAUACCAAGACAGGUAUUCUAUGGUGAACUGUCAGCUGGACUCAGGAAACAAGGUUGACCAAAUAAAAGAUUCAAGGAUCAGCUAAAGUCAAACUUUAAGUGGGCUGGCAUUACACCAAAGCAACUAGAACUCGCUGCCUGUGACAGAAGCAGCUGGCAAACCCACAUUCACCAUGCCUCAUGUGCCACAAACUCUGCGCCUCAGCCUCUGGACUCCAAAGCCACAUGAGGGUACACGGUAGAUGAAACUGCACAAAGACAACAGUCAUUCUCGAUCACCGAGAGACUACCACUACUAACUGCCACACAUACACUCAUGAGGUGAUCAUUCAGCUUUUACCUGAAGAUAUUUCAUAAGGGGCCAACCACUCCUUCCUGAGGCAGCCCAUUCUUUGGAUUAGUUCAGUGGAGAGGUAUCAAAAUGAGACUCUGGAAAACAAAGCAACAGUUAUAUAUGUAAUAUACAUGUAAAAUAUUAUUUAUGUAUUUUCUAAAGCAUGGUACGUAGAACUAACCCAGGACUUGAGAUAUAGUCUCAGCAAUCCAGAGUACAGUGGAAUUCUCACCUCCUUUUUCAUGGGAUUGAUGUCUGUCUUACUGCAGCCUACAAUCGCAUUAACUGUUUUGGUUGUCAUCAUACUGUUGGCCAAUUGAGUUUGCAGACCAUUAAAACCCCCAGCUCUUCAUAAA